AUGCCUAAGCAAGACGCUAUCAUACUCGACCGAUACUGGCAUAAAAUUGGAGUCCGUGGCCGCAUAUCCCGCGUUCUCCGCCCUGUGCAAUUCCUCUUCGCUAUGACCGUUGCCGCCCUGUACGGCAUCGAUCUAGCCCAUGCGACAAACACAAACAACACCGCCCCAGCGGAAUGGGUGUAUGCCGAAUUAGCUGUCACCUUAUCUUCCAUCACCUGUAUUGUGUAUUUCUUCGUUCCUGUCAUCCACGCUGCGUGGUCGACUUGGGACGGAAUUUUAUUUGUCUUCUGGCUCGCCCAAACGGGUGUUUUCGGAAAUAUCUACAUCUCCGGCACGCUAGAUGAGCACUACAAGCAGGUCACUUUGUCCAUCCCUCGGAUGCGUGCUGCUGUCUGGAUUGACCUGAUCAACAUGUUGUUAUGGCUUUCCACGUUCAUCCUGGGCAUCACUUGUUGUUGCCGUACCCAAAAAACCACACGACAAGGAGUCGAGGUUGGCAACAACAAAGACCACUUGAUGAAAAACGAUGAGGAAGAGGGUCUUGACGACAAGAAAGAUUAUUUGAUCAGAAACGAUGAGAAAGAGUGUGCUCCACCGGAAUACAAGGAGGACCCUGAUGAGGAUUUGGCUGCUAGUCUUGGUGCCGUUCAAAAGAAAUUUCAUCAAUGCGAUUCGAGGAAAGAUGGCCUUCCAGGCUGA